AGGCCAAGUGUAUGUUUUUCCCUCGUUCAAGAUUAGCUUAAACCAAAACCAAACCAAGGAAUCUCAAUUAUGCUCACAAAAAAAUGGAAAUUCAAAAAUUAUAUUCUUCAAUAUUUAUCUUAGAAACUCAAGCCGAUUACGAGAAAACCAUGGAAUCUCUCUUGAUUGGGCUCGACACUCUUAAAACCGCAACGGCGAACUUCUCCGAUGAAAACAAACUCGGCCAAGGCGGUUUCGGUCCGGUUUACAAGGGAAAACUAUUUGAUGGGCGAGAAAUUGCGGUAAAAAGGCUAUCGAGCAACUCUGGACAAGGUCUCGCAGAGCUUAAAACGGAGGUAAUGUUGGUGGCAAAAUUGCUGCACCGAAAUUUGGUAAAGCUGUUGGGCUUUUGUUUGGAAGAAGAAGAGAAGCUUCUUGUUUAUGAAUACCUACCCAAUGGAAGCUUGGACAAGAUUUUAUUUGAUCAGGGCAAAAGGUUGAGACUAGGAUGGGAAAGAAGGUACAAAAUAAUUGUUGGGAUUGCAAGAGGGCUACUUUAUCUGCAUGAAGAUUCUCAAUUGAGGAUUAUACACAGGGAUUUAAAAGCUAGUAAUAUUUUGUUAGAUGAGCAAAUGAAUCCUAAAAUUUCUGAUUUCGGUUUAGCAAAACUGUUCGGUGAAAGUGAAACUCAAGGGAAUACGAAUCGGAUUGCUGGAACUUAUGGGUAUAUGGCUCCGGAAUAUGCUAAGCACGGAUUAUUUUCAAUCAAAUCUGAUGUGUAUAGCUUUGGAGUGUUAGUUCUGGAAAUCGUAACCGGUCAAAAAAGUUCCUCCUUCCGCAAUUUAACCAACCUUCUAAGCCAUGCUUGGUUACAUUGGAACAAUGGAACAGCUGAAGAGCUAAUAGACCCAAUAUUGAAUGAUCCAUGGCCAACAUUUGAAGCUUUCAAGUGUAUACAUAUUGGAUUGUUAUGUGUUCAAGAAGAUGCAGCUGAUAGACCUUCAAUGUCCGACAUUAUUACCAUGCUUAGCAGUCACUCCGUAACGGCUCCUGCACCUUCACGACCGGCGUUUUUCGUCUCAAACGGAAACUUCAAGACCGAUUCGGCUAAUGAAUUCGGUUCGGGUUUGUCUCGAUCCACGGAUUCAAUACAACGAUCUGUAAAUGAGGUUACUAUCAGUGAAUUAGAUCCUCGCUGAUGCAUUUAACAUUUACGUAGUACGACUACGUACACAUGAUUCCACACGUUUUCUCCAGCUUUAUGUAGAAUUUUUUGGUAAAAUUAUUUGAAAAGUCCUUUUAUUAUAAUUUUUUAUCAAA